AUGGCCAAAAAGGUCUUGUACGCAGUAGGGCUGUUGAUCAAAACCGUGCUGUUAUGCUGUACAGCUGCACAGCAAUGGGAGGCUACGGGCCAGCCGGAAGUUUCCAAAUUUGGGAUGAUGCUACAACGCCACAUCUUCAAGAGGAUCACGGGGGCUGGUCUUUCAGAUGUGUGCUUGCGGGGAUGCUAUGCUGACGUCAGAUGUCAAAGUUUCAACUACGUCUUUACGCAAGACAUAUGUGAGCUGAGCAACCGAACCAAGGAGGCCAGACCGGAGGAUUAUGUUCCGAACCCUGAGAGAUUUUACUUUAAGCGAGAUUACAAACGAGGUUUGUAAAUUUUUUUUCAGUCUUCUUCCCUUUAAAGACAUUUUCAGAGCGCAGAAUUUCAACCCAAAAUUAAGAAAUUGUAUCACAUCACUUCCCUUUAUUGCCUUAAGUCAAGUCGCCCUCAAAUUGAGUGUCCCCGCCCCUAAGACGAACAUCAAAUCUUGCUUACUUGGAAUGCGAUGCUACUAUGAUUGCUUUUUCUUCCAGUCCCUCUCGGUUCCAUCCCUGAGCUGCCUGCGGAGACUUGCCAGGAAAUCAAAAUGAGCGAAGGAGGUCAAGCGGUCAGCGGCAAAUACUGGUUUCACUCGAUUGUACCCGAGAGGACUGUUCUGGCUCCUUGUGACAUGAAAACCGAAGGUGAAUUCAAGCGUUUAUCAAUUCACAUCUUCUACAGACAAAAGUCGGUUAACCACGAACAAAAACGUUGACAGAGAUGUUAUAGGUAGACUGCAACCACCUGACCCCCCCUCCCCCCAUCCCAAUAUUCAUGGGGGGGAAAUGAGAAAAUAAAGCAAAACAAAAUAAAAAUAGUAAGAUAUCUGACGGAAACAAAGCUAUGAAGGAAUGUUAUAAUCUCUCUUAAACUGAUCGAUUUGAGAACAGGUCAAAUAGAAUUGAAAAAUUUCUUUUUUGACACAGAGAUAAUCAUUCAAUAGCAAAUUGUUAUCACAACUUUAUAGUGACGAAAUUUAACGAAUAGGGAAGGGGAAGUUUUGCUUCCUGAUAGGGUCGUACAAAGCAAACUUUUGGCUCCCACCGGAAGCAAUUGGUCUGAUGAAUCCACGAACGAGUCAUAAUUCAGGGAAUACCCUCCUUUUUGCUUUUAAACUAACCGCAGACUAUUCCGUUUUUUCAGACGUGGACGAGUGUAAUUCGACCAUUCCCGUGUGUGACGUCAACGCUGAGUGCGUGAACACCAUCGGUUCUCACAGUUGCUCGUGCAAAGCUGGUUUUACUGGAAACGGAAAAAAGUGUGUUGGUAAGUUAGUGAAAUGACUUUUACUAUUGCCUGAAGCAAGUCAUUUUAAAACAAAGCAAAACCAAAACAAUCCCGGCUUAAUCUGGACACUCGAUUAAAACAAAUUACUUUAAUAACCGAUUGGAAUUAUUUCCCACACCAUGUCACGUUCAAUUGCUUAUACGGCGAGACGCUUUCGCCAAUAACAGUCAUUUUCGAUCGACUCUUGCUUUUGAAUUCAAGCCAUUUAGUUUUUUUAUGCAUUCUCUCAGAUGUGGACGAAUGUGCCAAUAAAUCGCAUGACUGUGACGCCAAUGCCUCCUGCAACAAUACCGCUGGUUCCUAUCGAUGCACCUGCAAUUCCUGGUACCAAGGAAACGGAACAAGCUGCUAUUUUUGUGAGUUUAACUAAUAUUGAGAUACAAGUGACCUCAGUUUGUUAUGAUACUCGCAUUUCGCAUUCUCUUUCUUUCUGUAUCGUCAUAUGAAGCUUACAAUUUUGGAAAUAUAUUUUUUUAACAUGAGUCGGUCCUGAAUCGAGACCAAGAUGGAAUUCGUCCCAAAAACGGGCUACAUUAUGACCCCUUACUCCUUAGCACCAGUACAGAUAUUCUCCUCGCUGUUCUCUAUACAUACCGUGUGGUGCUGCCAAGGGAAUUUGUUUGACAAUCAACAGCUUUAUAACUUGGUGAUUAUUUCCUUUAUUCCCAUGAUUCUGAUGUUUGGUUCAGCGGUAAUACGGUGAGGAGAAGUUAAAUGCCAAACCCUCUUAGGGGUUAAAGGGUUGAAGAAUACAUCUCACUUGGCGCCUAACUUACCACCCCCCACCCUCUCCUCAAAAAAGAAACAGUAUCAUUGAUCUUUGAAGUUUGUUGCUUACAACUAUGUCGAACUUUCUAUCUUGAUCAGCCGAAUCACUCAGAACUUUUUCCAUAAUCAAAAAAAGCUGCAGAAAUGUUAACGUGAAUUUUUUUGACUAAUUGAAAGUUUCAAAAUGCGAUUAAUUUUAGUAGCCAUUAUUCUCUUUGGUAAUUCCUCAAUAGGCAGGUACAACAACAGGAUAAUAGUACCCAAUGUAAAUAAGAUCCUUACCACCUGUUAAUAAGGUCAGACAGCACUUGCUUCGGUACCAGCUCCUUUUUCGUGAGUUUAAUUAACAUUGAGGCACGAGCGACCUCAGUUUGUUUUGAUACUCGCAUUUCGCAUUCUCUAUCUUUCUUCUACGUCAUAUGAAGCUUAUAAAUCUUUGGAAAUUAGUUGUCAAAUAUAUAUAUAUUUUUUAACAUGAGUCGAUCCUGAAUCGAGACUAAGACCCUAGGCAAGACGGAAUUCAUACAUACCAUAUGGUACUGUCAAGGAAAUUUGUUUGACAAUCAAGAGCUUCAUAACUUGGUGAUUAUUUCCUUUAUUCCCGUGAUUCUGAUGUUUGGUUCGGCAGUAAUACAGUGAGGAGAAAUUAAAUGCGAAUCCUUUGAACUUUCUAUGUUGAUCAACCUUAAUUCUUAAUUUUUCACUCUUAUCACGUUUUUAUCGCAUGGUUUCCUCUAAUUCUAAGAAAACAUUAGUUGGUGCAAAUAACGAGGCGAGAUAUGAUCAGGUGUACUGGGUUUAGCAAUCUGGAAUGUCAUAAAAACACGCUUUCAUCGUGUAAACACGUCUAUAAGGGAGACAGUGUUUCCAUAAGAGCACCUCCCAGUUCACACGGCGUCGGAAAGGCAAGUUGUGUCUUAGAUCGAUGUGCGUCACACAACGGUUGUCACGCUGUAAUUCGUAAAAACGAAAAAGCAAGUUGUAGACAUUACCACCACCAAGAUGACGAAUGCAACAUGACGCCAAAGCUUCAAGGUAGGACAAUCCUUACCUUUUCUCCCUUUUUCGGUUUUUCGUAUAGGUGGCCUUAAUAGUUCCGUUAUUCUUACCAGCCUCGACUACAACAACUACACAGGUAAGCUGCUUUCUUACCUAGAGCCAGUCCUCCUGAGUUCAAAAUGGAGCAGGUUUGUGAAGUGUUGGCAUGUUAAGACAGACGGCUGGGCAGCAUCGACAUUCCACAGCAACUGUGAUGGGAGGGGACCCACAGUGACAAUCAUAAAAGUGAACGAUUACAUAUUUGGUGGAUACACCGAUGUAUCAUGGAGCAGUAAGUAGACUUAGGCCAUUAAUCUUUUUUUUUGGUGCAAAGUUUGAAAGAUUUAGAAGGGAAAAUAAUUAACGUUGAAAGGCAAUGAAUCUAGCUUGGUGUCUAAAACAGAAAAAAAAAUGUCCCCUAAAAGGUGUUUCUUGAAAUUCUUGGUAAAGUUACGGGCCCAAAGCCAUGUCUUAGGAUAGAAAUCUAAGCAAUAGUUGUUUGAACCGUUUCUCAAAAAACCGAUCCACUUUUGUUUCGUCUUAUGAUAUUCUCAUUGUUUGAGUUUCAAAACUAUCCAUAACUCAAUCUUGAAUAUAAAAAACAGCUUUUUGGGGCUGGUCCCAGAUCGUUCACCUGUCUAAUCUUUGGAUGCAUCUCUGCAUCUCCCUUUCAAUCAACAUUCUAGGUACCUAGGUGAUUGGUCUUACGCCACCAAGGCCUUUUUUUUCUCACUUAAUGAGUGUCGCAAAGCCAAAACCAAGUUCAUUAAAACGGGCCAAGCAAAACAUAGGACAAGAACAAAAGCUGUGCGAGGCGAGAGAAAAACGCGAUAUACCAUGUCACACUUGGUAUAAGAAUGAUUGACGUAUCCUGUACCAGAAGCCCUACUCUCUCCCCCCCCCCCCCCCCUUUAGGAUCUCUUGAUGCGUGGUAACGUUUCUAUAGGGCUCCGCUAUGACCCUUCAAAGUGCUCUCGUUAAUAAGAAUUUAGUAAGGGUUGGUUAACCGCCAUGGCGAGUUUAUAGAAGCUUCAAAAAUUCGCUGCAGCAGUACCCACCUUCAUUAACUUAUACUUGUCAUCCAUUCGUAGAUCAUCCCACUUCUCUUUUUUGAGAGACCUCAAGGAAUCGUAGGAUGGUCUAACAAUUGACUAAUAGAACUUACAUUACUAUGUUCAUACAACACCGCCCAUAAUAUAGGUUCAUGUGGGAACUCCCAUGCUUGGAAAGCCUUUCUCUUCUCCCUCAGAUCAACAACAUCAAAGGACCGAUCCAUUUUGUUUUGUAUCUUGAUAUUCUUAUCGUUUGAAUUAAGAAACUAUCCAUAACUCGAUCUUUAAUGUAAAAACGGGUCUGGUCCCUGAUCCUAUACCUGUCUAAUCUUUGAAUGCAUCUCUGCAUUUCCAUUUUAAUCAACAUUUUAGGUUCCUGUUUUUGGUCUUACGCCACCAAAGCCUUUUUAUUCUCAUUUAACAACAUCAAAGGAUACAAUCCUGUGAAGCUGACACAAUACCGAAACCAGCAAUACGCAAUGUACACAUGUUCCAAUUACGGACCCACUUUUGGUCGGGGACAUGACAUUUACAUAAUUGGCGACGCUGUAAAUAACUCUUAUACUGAAUGCGGCGAGACUUACUCCAACCCCACGGGUUAUUCGGGUGUAAACUGUGGAUUUUUCACAGGAAGUUAUCAUUUUACUCCAUCUGACAUUGAAGUUUUCUUCGAAAUAGGUAAGUUAUUGUACAGAAACACUUAGAACCCUGUCGUAAAUAUACGAUGAAUAAAUAUAUAAACUCUAUAAUCCUUUGCAACGGUCAGGGAUUCUAAAAGCGCAUGUGCUGAAGCAUAUUCAGCGGCGAAAUACUAUCGAGGUUAUUGUGGCAGCAGUGGUCAGUGAACUGUAUCUUAGUUCCAGCGUAGCAGUGCACAUCAGGUAAGUCAGGGAAAAAAUUGAUCUAGAUGCCAUGUUUUGCCAUGACAUUGAAUCGCUGAGUCGGGCUGAAGUAGACAGUUCAACCCAGCUAAACUGAACUUUUGGUUUUCGGUUUUCGUGUCCCAGUUUUAUACGCACUUGAGAAAAUGUGUUCUCGUGAAAUUUAGUUGAUAUGUUUUCAAAAUAAAUGCACAGGAAAAUAUUGAGUUAAAAUGGGAACGCAUGGUUAGCACCUCGCCCUGUGAAUAAGAACAUCUGGAGCUCUGAUUUUUGUGAAAUACUCUUAUGGUUGUGAAAGAAGAAAAUACAUCUUUCUCUAUUCUAGAACGUCCGUUAUUAUAAUUUUCAUUCGAGUUUCUUUUACGCACACAGGUGGCCUUGGUGCAUCUAUAAUACUUGAAAGCCUGGACCCCAAUAAAUAUUUGGGAAAGCUAAUUUCGUUUUUAGAGCCAGUUCUUACCGGUACAUCCCGUACUGACUUUGCUAGGUGUUGGCAUGCUAAGACUGACGGCUGGGCGGCAUCGACAUUCCACAGCAACUGCGAUGGGAGGGGACCCACAGUGACAAUCGUCAAAGUGAACGAGUACAUAUUUGGUGGAUACACUGAUGUGUCCUGGAGCGGAGGCAGGAAUAUCAAAUUUUUUUAAGUGAAAAUAAGACAAUUAUAUAGGAUCAAGUAUCGUUCCUUUUGGGAUUCAAAGGGGGAGAGAGAGGGUGCCGAAGGAAAUUUUAAAUGAUGCUCCUCUGAUAAGAGCGCUUAGCCUUUAUUAUUUUAUAUUAGUUUUUUGGCCAUCAAGAUUUCUUCACACCUAUAUUGUCUAUAGAAAUGUUUCCUAUUUGAUACACCUACAGAACAACAUUACAUCCUAACACGUCUAGUAAUGACAACACUUAGAACAAAGGGAUCUUUUCCUUUAAGUCUCAAAACAUUUACUCGCUUUUCUUCACAAUAAUCCCUUAAAUCUUUCAUAAUUGUUUUUGGUAUCCGUUUCAAUACCCAAACUAGUAAAAUAUCUCCCUCCCUUUCACAAAUCUCUAGUCUGAAAAAAAAAACUCCCCGUCUAGCUCAUGAUAGAAAAUGAACUCCCCACCCCUCUCCUUCCUCAGGGGGUUUAUGUUUUCUUUCAGCUUUUUAAUGUACGACUACAUUGUUCUUCUAUUUCAGCUGGUUCUUGCGCAGGUCAUGCCUACGCUAGUAAAGCUUUCAUCUUCUCUCUCUAUAACGUCAAAGGAUACAAUCCCGUAAAGUUGACACAAUACCUAUAUCAGCAAUAUGCAAUGUACAGAUGUAAUACGUAUGGACCCACCUUUGGCGCUGGGUAUGGUCAUGAUAUCUACAUAUCCGACGGCUCUGGAAACAACCAAAACUCCUACACCAGAUGCGGUUCCACGUACACGAAACCCUCAGGGUACUCAACUGGUAACUGUGGUUUUUUUACAGGGGGGUCUAAUUUCUCUCCAACGGACGUCGAAGUAUUCUAUGAAGCAGGUAAUCAAGAAAAACACCCCUUUCCGAGGAUAAAUACUUUGUAGGGCCUGUAGCAAAAUCAAAUCGCGUAUUGUAGAAAUAUUCUCAGAAAGUUGUGUUGCUAGAUUACGGAAAGCUUACUUUUUUGUCAUUUUAAGGGCAUGUGUAGGCUUAUAAAGUCCUUUUGUAGUAUUCAUUUAAGUUCGUCACGCAACGCGUUGCAUGACGAGCCUGACAAGACUUUUGUCUGAGUUGCCGCGGGGAUUUGUGGGUAUUACAUUAAACGAAAUUGUUAAGGCCACUUGAAAGAACGGCUGAGUUAACAAAAAAAUUUCAGACAUGUUUUGAUGCUACUCUGGCUCAAAGAUUUUAAUGAAUGUAACCGAGACGUUACAAUUCAUAGACCCAAUCUUUCGACACUCCUGUCUAGUGCAUUCAUCAGGGGUGAUGAUGACGACAUUAGACAGGAGGGUUGAAACGUUGGGUCUAUGAAUUGUAACUUUUCGGUUACACUCAUUAAAUCUUUAAACCAGAGUAGCAUCAAACCAUGUCUGAUUGUCCAUCUGGUUGCUUUGUGAACUUUAAAACAAAUUUAGACGGGCUGAGGAUUUUCUAACUUGCCUGAUCAGUAAUGUUAGAUUAUCAUAUCUAGCGGGCCAAACGAGGGGUGAUGAAAUUAUCCACUUUAGAUUCAAAGGCGACACCACCAAUCAAAGCCAACUGUAAUUUUUCCUUUCUUUUCCCACCUCAGGCCUCGGUUUGUCCGCCAUACUUCGAAGUCUUGAUUACAACCAGUACUUGAAGGUACUGUUUUCGUAUUUGGACCCAGUCCUUAUCAAUAAAGAACGUAGUAGGUUUGUGAGGUGUUGGCACGCAAAGACGGACGGUUGGGCAGCAUCAACAUUCCACAGUAACUGCGAUGGGAGAGGACCCACAGUGACUAUCAUCAAAGUUAACAGUUAUAUCUUUGGUGGAUACACUGACGUGUCCUGGACCAGUAGUGAGUAAAAAAACAAGCAAACAUCUCUCACAUGUAGAACAGAUAAUAAAUCGAUUAGUUGUGGACUUUUCUUGUAGCAGUGAGUUCAUUUCAGAAACAGAAAAUAUCACAUUAACAACUAAGAUACCAAAGUAGACAAACUCACAAAUAGCCUGAAAACGCGUUUGAAACGGGUUUUAACUUCAAGUCUUGUUUCGGAUUUGAUUUUUGAUUUUGAUUUGAUUUUGAUUUGAUUUAAUUCUGACAGCUCCAUUUCGUGCCAUUUCCCCUUGUUUCGUUGUAUUCAUUAUUAAUAUUGGAGAGCUGAAACAAAGGAUGUUAAGUUAACUCUCUCUUUAGAUCGUAAGCUGCCUUUGAAUAAAACUUCAGACCAUAUUUCAAAUGCUUUUUUUGAAAAGUGAAAUAUGCUCUUGAGUUCCUUGAAAUUUUCUCUAACAAAUUGUUCAGCUCUAGUUCGGCAAGUUAAAAAAAAAUCAUUUUUAUGGUUAUCAUCAUGAAUUUUAUUUCUCAUUCGCAUAGUUUCUAAUGCUCCUAAAUCUUUUCAUUUUAGGUCCCUGUGCUUAUUCUUCAGCCAGCAAAGCUUUCGUUUUCUCUCUUUACAACGUCAAAGGAUACAAUCCUGUGAAGCUGACACAAUACCGAUACCAGCAAAACGCAAUGUACAGAUGUUCCUCUUACGGACCCACUUUUGGUUGGGGACAUGACAUGUACAUACGUGACGACGCUGUAAACAUUCGGCAAUCUUAUACUAGAUGCGGUGGCACGUACUCCAACCCCACGGGCUAUUCAGCUGGAGAUUGUACAUUUUUCACAGGAAGUCGUCAUUUUACUCCAUCUGACAUUGAGGUUUUUUUCGAAAUAACAAACUAAACACUGAAAACUAUGCUGUUUCAGUAAGUAUCAAGUAAGUAUCGUAACAAUAGAGUUAAUAGAGUUAAUGCCUCCUCACACAAGGCCCGGUCAACAGAACUUGCCCUGUAUUCUCUCAGUGCUUAGUCGCUUAUUUCCCAUUUAAAAAAGUGUUCUGAUUGGUGGAAAAUCUACAGUUAAUUGUACCGAUAAACACAUAAUUUUAGUUACAAAAGACUGCACUUUCUAUUCGUUUACUAGCAUAAUAAACUACGCAGUAUGUUGGUAGAACACUCAAAAUGUUCGUAGAUUAUGAGCAGUGAAAGGGUGAGUUACAAACGUUCUCGUGUUCUACCAACAUCCUGUGUGGUUUGUUAAGCCAGUGAACCGAUAGAAAAAGCAGUCUAUUAUAAAAAGAUAGCGCAUUUUAGACUGGCAAGGUUGAGGGCGCCUCCAUUGAGUAAACUCUGCAAUUGGAAUAUCAUGCUGUAGGUGAGAAAUUCUUCAGUAUUGGCUGUAGAGCAUUCGAAAUAACAGAUCUUACAGUUAGAAAACACCCAAGUUUUAAGCCCUUUCCCCAUUGAAGAUGAGGAAUUUGAAGCGCGCACCGCCGUCGUGCGCUUUUAUUUGCGUCGCACGUGCAUUUUAUUUUCGUUGCACGUGCAUUUCAUUUCCGUCGCACGUGCAUUUCAUUUAACAUUUAACACUAUACUUUAUUUCAUGCAAAUCAUUUUGCCAUCUCCACCCGCAAAUAGCAAAAGCUAGACGAGGCAGGCGGAGAGGAAAGGUUACAACAGUCAUAACAGAUAAUAUAAUAAUUGUAAAGUAACUAAAUAAACUAUCUGGAUAAACAAGCUAAAGUUACAAAAUAUAUAGUCUUACAGAAUGAUAUUACAAUCAAAUUUACUACUAACAGAACUAUCAAUUAUAUACAUUGAGUCGAGGAUGCAGAAU